AUGGCCUUGUCCAAAUUGUAUGCCAUCUCGGCGGUAUAUACACUCAAUGCCCGCGAUGACCUCCGCAACUGGUGGGGUGCCGCACGGAGUUACGACAUCUCUCGACAGACCGGUAGCGGCUCACGACCUCAACAUUCAUCAAAGGACGACCCUCAUCGUUCGAUCGCCAUGAAGAUUCACCACCCAAGAUACCCCUCGCAACCCCAGACCACCACCAUUGAGAUCCGAAAGGAGACCAGGGUAGACGGUGACCCGUCUAUGGAUAUGUCGCCUAUCAAGUCAAAGGUUCCCUAUGAC